CAUUGCAUUGUCAGAAAGCCAACAAGAAAGGAAAAAACAUGGCUCUUCUCUGUCAUUGUAACAAUGUUUCCUUUUCUUCUAAGCAAUUUCCACUGAGAAAACCACCCAAGUCCCCUCUUUGCUUCAUUAAAGCUCACUAUUUCUUAAACUAUCCUACACCCAAGGUUUUUGAGGAGAAACUUGAAAAGGUUUCUCUUUCUUUAGGAGAAUCAUUUUCAAAGGCCAGCUUGCUUGCUCUUGUCUCUGCUACUAUCCUCUUUGUAGAUCCUGCACUUGCGUUCAAGGGAGGAGGGCCUUAUGGAGCUGAAGUGACGAGGGGACAAGACUUAACGGGUAAAGAUUUUAGUGGAAAGACUUUGAUCAAGCAAGAUUUUAAGACGUCCAUACUACGACAAGCCAAUUUCAAAGGCGCAAAGUUGCUGGGUGCUAGCUUCUUUGAUGCUGAUUUGACAGGGGCUGACCUUUCAGAUGCCGAUCUUAGAGGUGCAGAUUUUUCUUUGGCAAAUGUAACAAAGGCAAAUUUAAGCAAUGCAAACUUGGAAGGUGCACUUACUACAGGGAACACAUCAUUCAAAGGAUCAAAUGUAACAGGUGCUGAUUUCACAGAUGUGCCUCUGAGAGAUGAUCAACGUGAAUACCUUUGCAAAAUUGCAGACGGGGUGAAUCCAACAACUGGGAAUGCAACACGGGACACAUUGCUUUGCAACUAGUAGUGCAUUUCUCCUGAAUGAUCUUCUAGUAAAAAAUAGAGAAUUGGCACUGCAGCAGUUUUGAUUUGAGGUGUGUGUAUCUAUUUUGCUGUACCGACUGUGUCAUAGGUGAUCAGUCAUGUCAUUUUCAUCGUUUUCCAUGUUGAAGAUGCUCGCACUUACUUUGUUCGAUAACGUGAGAACGUUUCAUGUUCAUAUAUCAGAUGAACAAAACUGUUAACUCUUUUUAACUCCUGAAUAUCAUCUUAAAAGAAACCAUGUACUUUCUCCCUUUAAAAAAAUAAUAAUUGAUGAAGUCUGGUGCUGAUCAAUAGCUCCUUCUUAGGUCAUAUUCUCUUUCUUGGUAGAUUUGAGGCAGGAUGAGGGGUAAGGGGGUUGAAAACUGACCUCUGAUCCUCCACUCAAUGCGUAACAACUAACAACCAUUGGGCCUAAACCAUGGAUUGUUUAGAUGUAAUUAACAAUAGAUGAGGUGAACUGUUAUUCACCAAAUAUCACUGGGCCUUCCUUCAAGUUGCACAGAGCUUUUAUCUUCCAAUGGGCAAAAGGAAUCGAAAAGAACUCCAUGAAGCUUUCCAACCAUGCUAAGCAUGGUGCUGCACCAAAUGUGGAUGUCGUUUAGCGAUCAUUGACUAGAAAGCAACUAACAGGAAACUUUUUCCUGCUUCCUGCUUUCUGCUUUCUGCUUUCUGCAAUGCUUUUCUUUUCCGCUUUCUGGUUAUUGUUAUCAUUGUCUUCUAGCACGGAUCUUUCUCAGUGGCUCUGCGUAUUUUCAGUGCCACUAGUUGGACCACUUAUUUUCUUUGGGGAUCAAAUUCAGACCCUUGCAGUAUCAUGCAUGGUGAAGCUGCUAGGGAGGCUGCCACAAUGA